UCUUCUCUGAUUUCGUUUUCUUCUUACAUUGUUUAGUCUGUAGAAGAUGGUGCAAUUACCGGAUGAGAUUCUAGAAGAGAUUUUUUGUCGAUUGCCUGUUAAGGAUCUGUUCCGUUUAAGAUGUGUAUCUAAAUCCUGGUUUGCCCUAAUAAGUAGCCCCUAUUUCAUCAAAUUGCAUCUGAACCGAUCAGUUCAAACCAAGAGUAACCUUAGCCUCUUCAUGAGGGAUUACAAUCACUUUCGGGUGGAUUUUGAUUCCCUCAAUGACGACGUUCGACCGGUAGAGAUAGAUUACAUUACAUCGAGGUAUCCAAAACAUGAAAUUUCGAUUUGCGGUUCCUGUAAUGGCUUGCUUUGCAUGACAAUAGUCGGUAUUAUGGACUAUGUCUUUUUAUGGAAUCCAUCGACCAAAAAGUCUAUAAUAUUGCCUUCUGCAACUGCUGCUGGCGAAUAUUUUUAUGAGAUUUUAAGAUCGUGGGCUUAUCGAUUUGGUUACGACAACACCAAUAACGAUUACAAGGUGGUGAAACUUAUGUAUUUUAAAGUAAGAGAAAACCUUGAUUAUAAGAUUAAGAUUUAUAGUUUGAAAUCAAAUUCGUGGCAUAGUCCAAAGAAGUUUCCUUACCGUCCGAAGUUGAGGAGCAUUGGAGAUUCCAUAACUGGAGGAGCUAUGCAUUGGAUCUCAGGUAUGGGAUCGGAUUCAAAAAGUAAAAGAUCAGUUGUUGCCUUUGAUCUCGGGACAGAGAAAUAUAGAGUAAUUCCACAGCCUGAGUUAAGUGGUUCUCAUUUCUGUUUAUAUUUGGAUAAUUUAGAAGGAUGCCUUUCCGCGACUUGUCAUUAUCACUCGUCGAAUGUGGAUAUAUUUUUGUUGAAGGAAUACGGUGGGAAGAACGAACAUUGGUCAAAAUUUAUUUCAAUUUCACAAACAAUAUCUACCCGGGUCUUUCAUACUGUGAAAGCUAUUGCUUAUUCAAAAUGUGGUAAGAAAGUACUGUUUCUGAUGGAUUAUGAGAGGCUAGUUUGGUAUAAUUUAGAACAGAAAUCAGAUGAAGAAAUUAGGGUUCAUGGUAUGGAUGGCUAUAGUGAAGUAUACACUUGCAUGGAGAGUAUUGUCUCUCUUGAUGUUCCAGCAGCGGUACGUAAACCAAAUCCAAGAAGAAUCUCUAAGAAAAAGAAAAAAUUAGUUUGA